AAAAUAAAUAACCUCUCACUACCUUUGCGCCCAAGUUUCCUUGAAACCUUGGUCACCAAGCAAUGCGGAGAGAUAACACUUUUUAGUUUAUACUUCACAAUGUUAGUGAUUGUCCAUUUUUGCCACAAUAAUUGGAACGUCAGGUUAACUAGGUCAAAGCUUUCGUAAUAUUGCGAAACUGUCCGUACAAAUUUAUGAGCG